AUGCAAAAAGAAAAACUUGGUCAAGAUAUUUUUCUUAUUGGUCCUCCAGGCCCAUUAAGAAGAAGUCUCGUUCUUAGAUAUGCUCAACUUACAGGCAGAGAAAUUGAAUACGUAGCAUUGUCUAAAGAUUGCACGGAUUCCGAUCUUAAACAACGUCGAGAGAUUUCUGGUGGAACCGCUUAUUAUGCAUGCGUACGUGCUGCUAUACAUGGGCGAAUUUUAAUAUUAGAUGGUAUUGAAAAGGCAGAAAGAAAUGUACUUCCAAUUUUAAAUAAUUUAUUGGAAAAUAGAGAAAUGUUACUUGAAGAUGGUAGAUUUUUAGUACAUUCAAAGCGUUACGCCUCUCUUAUCGAAUCAAAUUCAAAAGUCAGUAUGGAUGGUUUAAAAUUAGUUAAGGUAUCUGAACGCUUUAUUGUGAUGGCAUUGGGUUUGCCAGUUCCUCCAUAUAUUGGUCAUCCUUUAGAUCCUCCGCUUAGGUCUCGUUUUCAAUGUAGAGACGUUAAGCAACCUGAAUUUGAUUCUCAAAUAAAACAUUUACGUAAAUUAGCUCCAAAUGCUACUUCAGAAAUAGUGAAACGAUUAGUAUCUGUAGCAAAUGUUCUUGGAAAUAUGCAGUAUGACAAUAACGGUGGAAUCUCUAUUCCUGAAUUUCCAGUUUCAGUUGAUACGAGUGUAUUAGUGUUGCAAAAAUUUCCGGAUAUUAGACCGCGUUUUUUAAUCGAUUUGUUAUACCCAUGGCCAUUAUUUCACAGUAAUACUGAACAAAACAAUGUCAUCGAAGCAACUUAUCACCGCUUUGGAAUGCUUGGAUUGGAUUUUGAAAAAACUUCUGCAAAUGACAUUAAACAAGACGAAACUAUUUUUCAAUGUAUGCCAGGAUACAAUAUUAAAAAUAUCCAACCAUCAAACGAUAUAGAAAAAACUGUUGGCAAUGAACUUCCUAUAUAUAAGUUUGAGCUGGAUUUCCAGCACAUGGACUAUAAUAAAAUUCACCAUAUUAACGUUUUUGGCGGCUCCGAUGAACUCUUGGCUGAUUUCUUCGUAGAGACAAAAUAUCACCAAAAUAUUUUUAAUGCAAUGUUGAUUGCACAUUCAGUUGGUGAUUUUUGUCUUAUUGGUGAAAAAGGAGUUGGAAAGAGUGCAUUGAUGAGACAUUUCGCUGCAAAGCUUGGCUACAACAUUGAAUAUAUUCCCUUAUAUAAAGAUAUGUCUUCCCGUGAUCUCCUCCAGCGUCGUAGUACUACUUUCGCUGGUGAUACUGUAUGGGAAAAUUCACCUUUGGUGCGGGCCUCGAUUUCUGGACAUCUUGCUGUUCUAGAUGGAAUUGACACACUUUCUGGAGGAACACUUAUGGUGUUGGAGAGGCUAGUUAAAGAACGUGAACUUUCUCUUCCUGAUGGAAAGCAGUUGAUUCAUCCUGCUAGAUAUGAAAGGCUGAUUCAUAAACAUGGAUUGACCCAUGAGUCGUUGGGAAAAAAAGGGAUAUUUGCAAUACAUCCAGCUUUUCGAAUUGUGGCCUUGGGUCGUCCUGGCUCUUGGCUCACUCCAGAAAUUGUUGCAAUGUUCCAAUUUAUUGUUAUUUUUCCAUUAGAUUAUUUGGAGGAGACCCAAAUUCUUGAAACAUUGUCUCCAGGAAUAGACACCAAAAAACUUUCACUCCUUUUGCACUUCGUCAAUCGCCUCCGUCAAGAUACUGGAGAAACAGUGAAAACUUUAUCCGAUGCACUUUCUACACGGUAA